AUGGGCCUGGCAGCGCCUCGCAAGAAAACCAAAAUCUCGCAUGAUCCCAACAACACCUCUUGGUCACGAUCAACGGAUGGUUUUGGACACAGGAUUCUCAAAGCCCAGGGCUGGACUCCCGGUAGCUUCCUCGGCGCCCGGAAUGCCACUCACUCUGAUCUAUUCACUACCGCUAGCGCAUCACAUAUAAGAGUUGUCUUGAAGGAUGAUACAUUAGGCCUGGGAGCUCGGCCAAAGAGGGACCUUUUGGAUGAGCCCACUGGCCUGGACGCAUUCAAAGGAUUACUCGGCCGGCUCAAUGGUAAAUCUGAUACACAACUUGAAGCGGAGCAGCAAAAGCGGAAUGAUGCUAAAUUGGCUCGAUAUGCUGCAACGAAGUGGCAGACCGUCAGAUUCAUAAGUGGUGGACUUCUUGUGCAGGAGAAGGAUAAUGCUACCGCUUCCCCGACUUCUCAGAAUCUUCGCGCUGAUUUCCCACGGAAAACCUCUUCCCCUGAAAGUGAAAAUGGCUUGUUUAAGAUGGAGCCCAUGGAUAGCGAUUCACAACAGGAAGAUUGUGCCACGACCAAGGAGGAUGAGGAGAAGAAGAAGAAGAAGAAGAAGAAGAAGAAGGGGAAGGAGCUGGACAUGAGUUCCAGAAAAUCCCGCGAAAAGAAACAAGAGAAGAGGCAAAAGAAAAGGAAAAUUAGUGACUGUGACGGGCUCGACGCGGAAACAGCGGACAUAUCGUCUACAAAAGUCGUUCUAGCGGUCGCAAACGAUAAAGGUACAUGUGCGGUAGCCUCGAACAGUCCAUCAACAUCGAGGGAACGCCAACCUAUGGGAAGACGGAUCUUUCGAAGCCGACAUAUUGAACAAAAGAAGAAAGCCCUCAUGGACGAUAAAUCUCUUAAUGAAGUAUUUAUUAUCCUUUCCUAUUAUCAAUCCCUUUCCAUGUUGCACAGAGGCUAA